AUGGAGGAUUGUGAGAUUCUUGGCAUUAUACUGGAUUUUAUUGGCGAUGUGCUAUUCGGCUCUGAUAGCUCAGAUUAUGAUUAUGAUUCAACGAGCACCUCAAAUUAUGGCUAA